UCGAACGAUAGAUGAAGGCUUAACCUGACAGCCAAUGGAAAAGACAAAGUAUUCAGCAUCGUCACCUUCUUCCAUAUUAUGAAAAUCAUUUCUUGACACGAAAGAGUUUCAGGAGAUAAGACACCUAAGGUCGUGAUGGAUUUUGGAGACCCAGUGACUCUGGCUCAGACAGCAUUCCUCGUUUCCGUCUCGGUGUUGACCGUGGCUUUGAAUUCUCUAGUGAUAAUGACAAUCUGGAAAGAUCCAUUCAAGCAGCUUAAAGGAACAGCAAACUAUCUCAUAUUAAAUCUGGCUGUUUGUGAUCUACUUAUGGGUUUUCCAACCGAGUUACUCUUUGCUAUUCUUCACUGGUUUCCUGGUAAUAAGAGUGUCAUCAAAGCAGGGUACAUCACGAUGUAUUUUGCUAUUUGUGCCUCAUUUCUUACAAUCCUGGGCCUCGCUGUUGAAAGACUUAUUGUCAUAUCAUCCGCUAAGAGUGACGAUAACUCGACAACGACGAGUUAUUGCACUGUAGGCAUUAUGUCCAUCUGGCUUUUUGCUGCGCUAACAGCCUCUCUUCCUAUGCUCGGAUGGGACUCAUUUGACAGUUAUAGGCUUUUUAUCGCUGAUGCUAUCGGAGUUCCUGUAUUGAUCCUGUUAUUUGCUUGCUACACACGGAUCUUUCUGCUGAUCAGAAAACAGCUGCAUCGAUAUUUUGCAACAGGCGAUCAAAGAAGAGAGCUCCAACCCUUAACACCAAAAAGUCAAAGAAUGGAAAGACUUAAAAGGAGGGAAAGAGGCGUAGCUCUCUCUGUAUUCAUCCUUACUGGCUUGGUUACCGUAUGUUGGAGUCCGCUUUUCAUUGUGGAAAACAUCAGACAGUGUUGUGAUCACGACGAUUGUAUUCCUAAAAAACUUGACUUAAUAUUCCAAAGCUUGAUAUUUGUGCAUCCGCUGGCCAAUCCUAUCGCUUACGCUCUGCGUACGGCGAAGUUUCGACGCGCACUCAAAAGAAUUUUCAGACGUAGUGGUAACAAUUAAUCGUUUAGCCUGAACGACUAAUUAUUAUCGGGUUACCUUCAUCGUUUGUCUUUUGUCGGACUCACUAUAUUUCCAAAGCCUUCAACGCGGAAAAUUCUGUUGUGUGUCUUCCAACUGCUGAAGGUUUGCCGACGUCAAUAUCGAUAUUCAGCUUACCAAAACUUUUCACACUGAUGCUUCCACGGUUUCGUAAGAUAGUUUUAUGUUUCCGGAGACCACCGUAAGAAACACAAACAUUUACGUAUUUAAUUGCAUUAAAACUGAAUUUUCAAACUCUUGAAAAUUUCUCCCGUAAAAUAGGUCGAUGGAACCUUUCACUAUAUUUCCUUAAGUACAAGGGAAUUUUAUGGCAAAAUACAAAAAAAAUCGAUUUUUUGUGAGUGCCCAUUGACUCUCGAUAUCCUCAGAAAUACACUCUAAAGCCCCCAAGAGAUUUUAACUUAGCUCACCACUGACAAUAUAUCCCAGUUGUAUCCAAUCGCCUUGAAAUGAGCAAUCUUCCACAGUAGCUCUCUCUCAGCAUAGCUUCACAGAUAGUCGGUACGUCACUUUCGAUUAAAACAGCAACAACUACUACACGACUGAGUUCAUAAAUUAUAUACAUUUACAAAGUGUUCUCGAACAAUCCGGAAGCAUACAACUCAACUAUUUUUGUGGUGUUGCAUCAUAACUACAUAUAACCGAAUACAAUAUGUUUCCACAGUAUGACAAUGGGCAGUCGUGUAACAUGUCAACAUGCAUAGGCUUUCUAGAAAUUUCCAGAAACUUAUUUUUACAGUCGUUAUCCAUAACAUAUUUCAUUCAACAACUAAGGCUAUGGUAUGUCAGAACGUUAAUAACUUAAAACCAGUUGUUUAGUGAUGAUAAAGCGUUUUUUAGGGGUUUCCUGCGCCAUUACUAGCUGAUGGUAAUCGGUCGGCGCAGGUCUUCGCAAAGUUAUAGACCAUCUCUUUAACUCGCCAUCGAUAACCUGGAAUAAUAAAUGUGUAUAAUAUGGGAUCUAGAGCGCAUUUUGAUACGUAUAGGAUUAGUAACAAUUCUUGAAAAAAAAGUGAAGUUCGCACUCCGUCGCUGAAGUAUUCAACAACGCGAGUGACAGAAAAUGGUAGAUAGCACAAUAAAAAUGUUCCAACUAGAAGAAAAAUGUUCUUUGCAAAGGAAAACUCCCGUUUUCGAGCCAAUUUAAACGCAUCUCCUGAUUGAACAAGCGGUUGUCGGACUUCAUUGGCGAGUAGAAUCUUGUUGAAUUUUCGGAUGAUUAUGAACAUGCGCAUAUACAAAACGAAGAUGACAACCAGUUCAAACUGAGGAAGGAUAUAGAAAAUUAGCCGUAUUGCAUUUGUGUCAUGAAAGGAAAUGAGUAGGGCGGUAACUGAUCCAUCAAGCCAAAUAAGAAAAAUGUAUAAUUUCAAAGCCAUUCCACCAAACAGCUUUUCUCUUCGUAGAGGCAUCUCUAAGGCCACAUAUCUCUCCACUGUAAGAAAGAACAAAGUGCAUCUUGAAGCGGUAGCUGUUAUGACCAACACUGAUCUAGUUGUGACAUACAACGUACUUGGUGAGUCGCUCAUUAACAUCAUGCUUACUCCACCAUCUACCCAAUGAAGGCUUAUCCAAAGAGGUUCACCUACAAGGCCCAUCAUCAGGUCAGCGAUAGCAAGGUUCAACACAAGGCUGUUGGAAACGAUCCGUAAUUCAGUGCGCGGUUUCUUAUACAAAGUCACAAUCACCAGAAGGUUCCCCACUAUAGUUAUAAUGGAAAUUAUAGUUAUCACAAGUGGAAAAAGUCCAUUGAAUUUUUCUUCCUGAUUCGUCGGGGGAAGGGUUUCAUUGUCCUCUGCCAUCCUACUUUGUUGAUGUUGGAUUUGCUUGAU